AUGAAUGUGGCUGUCGACGAAUUCGGCAAGCCCUUCGUCAUCCUGCGUCAGCAGGAGAAGAAGCGGUUGACGGGGCUCGAGGCACACAAGGCAAAUAUCAUGGCUGCUAAGGCCGUAGCAGACACAUUGAGAAGCUCACUAGGCCCACGUGGAAUGGACAAGAUUAUUGUCAGUCCUGAUGGAAAGGUUACGGUGACCAAUGACGGAGCAACCAUAUUGCAAAAGAUGGAGGUAGAGCACCAGUGUGCUAAACUCCUUGUUGAUUUGUCAAAGAGCCAAGAUGAAGAAAUCGGAGACGGUACAACAGGUGUAGUAAUUUUGGCAGGGGCACUAUUGGAAAGGGCGCUCCGUCUAUUGGAUCGCGGUCUACACCCUCUGAGGAUUGCUGACGGAUAUGACAAGGCGUGUGACAUCGCUAUUAAACGCUUAGAAGAAAUUGCUGCCAAUCAGGAUGAAAAAUACCGUCCAGGAACAGCCAAUAAUAUGGAACUAUACAAGAAAGCCGCCUUUACCGCCCUUGGCUCUAAAGUCGUAUCAAGCUGCCAGGAGCAUCUCGCAGAUAUUGCUGUGAAUGCUGUGCUAUCUGUAAUGGACGAGGAACGCAAGGAUGUCAACCUCGAACUUAUCAAAGUAGAAGCCAAAACAGGGGGGCGUUUGGAGGAUACAUGCUUGGUUAAGGGUAUUGUAUUGACAAAAGAGUUCAGCCACUCCCAAAUGCAGAAAACGGUUACCGAUGCUCGCAUUGCCAUACUUUCGUGUCCAUUCGAGCCUCCAAAGUCAAAGACUAAGAGCCGCAUCGAAAUAGGGACAGUGGAAGACUAUGAGAAACUGCAGGAAUGUGAGAAGGUAUAUUUCGAAAAUAUGGUGAAACGUGUGGUUGAUAGUAAAGCCAACGUCGUCAUUUGUCAAUGGGGAUUCGAUGACGAGGCUAACCACCUCCUUAUGAAACAUGGCAUAUCUGCUGUCAGGUGGGUAGGUGGAGCUGAACUCGAACUAGUUGCCAUUGCCACUGGGGGUAAAAUAGUAGGUCGUUUCGAGGAUCUAGACGAAUCUAAAUUGGGUCGUGCGGGCGUUGUCCGUGAGGUUGCAAGUGGAACCGAUCAUCAGGAAUUUAUAUUUAUUGAACAAUGCCAGAAGACGAAAUCGGUUACUGUGCUCAUUUCCGGGGGGAACGGGGUCUACGUAGAGGAGACCAAACGCUGUGUCCACGAUGCCAUAUGCUGUGUCCGUAAUCUUGUGCGGGACGGUAGAGUCCUUGGUGGAGGAGGCGCGCCGGAAAUUGCAGCAUCUAUUGCCAUUAAAGCAGCGGCUGCAAAUUUCAACACCUUGGAGCAAUUCGCCGUACAAACCUUCAGCGAGGCGUUACUAGAGAUACCUAUGGCACUGGCCGACAACUCGGGGCUUAACGUCUUCGAUAUGGUAGCCAGGGCGACGCAGAUGCAACGGACUAAUUGCCACGCCGGUAUCGAUUGCCUGAAAGGAACGGUUGGCGAUAUGCGCGAGCAAGGUAUCUUUGAGUCCCUACAUUCCAAGGUACAGCAAUUGUCUCUCGCCACGCAGGUGGUGAAGAUGAUACUCAAAAUAGAUGAUGUAAUUUGUCCCACUGAAAUUCAGUGA